GCUUCGGGCUUCGGCCGCUGCAUAACCGCCGUUUUUGGGGGGUAUAACCUGCAUACACCAUCUUUAAAUGGCGGAGAAUAUGUCCCGGGAUACAGAAAACGUGGGAAAUGCCAACAACGGCAACCCAGUCAAACGAUCGUGGAUCUCACUUAGAUCAGGAGGACGUGGAUCCUCUUAUGUCGCCCUUUUCAGACCUUUGGACGACCUUCAGUCUCGGUUCAUCUUAUUUUGUGGGGUGCUAUUUGCAAUCGCUGCUGGGGCACCUCUUCCUAUAAUCGGUGUCAUAUUUGCGCGCAUCAUCGAUGCCUUUCCGCCUUCCGAGGAAGAAGUUGUUGCCCGAGUCUAUCAAUUGGUUGCUGUUGCGUGCGCAUAUUUCAUAGUAACAUGGGGCUGGGCAUUCUGCUGGGGAAUCGUUGGUGAUAGAGUAUCGCGAGGUUUACGCAUACAGAUGGUCGACAGAGCUUUGGGACUUGAUCAGACAUAUUAUGAGACUCAAUGUCCAGAUAUCACCAGUCGUCUGACUAUAGACGCACAAACAGUCCAAGCUGGCACAGCUGAGAAAGUGGGCCUAUUUUUGCAAUCUUGCAGUUAUUUUAUUGUAGCGUUCAUAGUAGGGUUUGCUCUCAACGCUCGUCUCACUGGAAUUCUUUUUGCUGCGGUAAUUCCCUCUAUGACACUGGUUGUUGUCAUUGGUACCUCCACGUUAAAUAAAUAUGCCAAGGCCGCAGCGGAGAGUAAUGCAAUCGCAAACUCAAUUGCUGAAGGGGCUGUGAAGGCAGUACAAGUGGUUCAAGCUUUCGAUGCUUUUGAUGCUUUAACGGGUUCUCACCACAAUAAUCUAAUUAUUGCAAUGAGAUACGGUGCAAAAAAAGCUGUGACAGGUGCACUGAUGCUUGGCAGUGUAUUUUUUAUUGCGUUUUCAGCAAAUGCUUUAGCAUUUUGGCAAGGCUCCAAGAUAAUAAACUCGGGCUCGUCUGGCAGUGCAGGAACUGUAUAUGCCAUUGUUUUUCUAAUACUUGAUGCUUCAUUUGUGAUCGGAGCAGCAGGCCCAUUUGUUCAAUCCUUCGCAAACGCUGCUUCCGCUGGGCAGCGAAUAUUCAAUCUUAUAGAUUAUCCCAGCAUACCAAUCGAUGUAUACUCUGAGGAGGGAAUUACCUGUGAUAGCGAGGUACUAGAUUCAGGAGGAAAUAUUACCUUUCAAGAUGUCAGCUUCUCUUAUCCAGCACGCCCACUCGAAACCGUUUUGAAUUCAGUCAAUAUAGUAAUCAGAACUGGAACUUCUGUGGGCAUUGUAGGCGCAUCUGGAAGUGGCAAAUCAACUAUCACUUCGCUUCUCUUCAGACUGUAUGACCCCUCACGGGGCUCUGUUCGAGUUAACGGCCACGCAAUACCUGAAUACAAUUUAGCCAGUAUCCGCAAGAAUAUGGCCUUAGUUGACCAAGAUCCAGCAGUCUUUUCGGGAACCAUUUACGAUAAUAUCAGAUAUGGCUACAAAGGAAUUGUUUUGGAAGAAGAGCAGAUGAGAGAAAAGUGCAUAGAUGCUGCGAAGGCUUCUGAUGCCUGGCAAUUCAUUGAAUCGCUACCAGAUGGAUUGGAUACCUGGCUUGGUGAGCCAUCUGGUACGAGGCUUUCUGGUGGCCAGAAACAGCGACUAUGCCUUGCUAGGGCCUUAGUAGGUGACCCUCCUCUAUUGAUAUUAGAUGAAGCUACUAGUGCACUUGAUACAAUCAGCGAAGCGGCCAUCUUGAGCUCUCUUUCAAUAGCAAGAUCUUCGAGUAAGCGGACUACCGUAAUGGUCGCGCAUCGUCUUGCAUCAGUGAGGGCGGCUGAUAAUAUCAUCGUUAUGGGUCAAGGUCUGGUUCUUGAACAGGGAAGUCACGAUUUCCUAAUGUCGAAACCUGAUGGUGCUUACCGUCAACUGGUUGAAGCACAAAGACUAAAUUCUUCUCACAAAAGCCAACACGCUGAAUCACUCGAGCCUCCGCAAAUCGAAAAACCAUCCAUCUCAUCUGACGGAUUUUCUGAUCAUGAGAAUGAUUCUACACAAGACUCACAUGAGGACAGUAGCCCUGAAUUUUCAAAAACUCUCGGAACUUUCGCAAUAAUCCGACGCUGUUUUUCUUUAACGAAAUCUGAAAUUCCCUUUACUUUACUUGCAUUCGUGGCUUGUGCUGCAACGGGAGGUCUCGUCAUUGGCGAAUCUAUUGUUUUCGGCAAUUUGGUUUCUUUACUCAACAGCUCCGUCUCAUCUUCUCAGGUAGAUUUGUUUUGUUUAAUGUUUUUCGUUGUUGCAACCGUUGCACUUCUUGGUUAUACAACUUCUGGGUCCUGCUUUGGAAUUGUUUCCGAAACUUUGAUUAUGCGAACUAGAGAUUUAUCCCUACGAACUAUAUUGAGACAAGAUAUGGAAUGGUUUCUAAAAUCAGGUCGAUCUACUUCUGCCCUUAUCUCUGUUAUGAAAAUGGAUUCAGGCCACUUGAGUGGACUUUCGGGAGUGAUUAUCGGAACCAUGAUAUCCGGUUUUGUCUCGGUUGUUGGUGGGGCUAUUUUAGCACAUGCUGUGGCUUGGAAAAUCGCGAUUGUUCUUUUAGGUACAUCGCCAGUAAUUCUCCUUGCGGGAUACUUUCGGAUACGUGUUUUAGCUCAAAUAGAGCAAAAAAAUCAAGCAGCGUAUGUCGACGCUUCUGCAUUCGCAACUGAGGCUUGUGGAGCAAUCCGCACCAUUUCUGCACUUGGAAUAGAACGAGAAACUUCAUCGAAGUUCAAAGUCGCAGUCAAUAAGCAUCGAAAGCAAACUUCUAGGAACACAGCGCUUGGCAAUAUACUUCUUGCUUUUGCGCUAGCAAUCACGUAUUUCAUAUACUCUCUUGCCUAUUGGUGGGGAGCCAAGCAAGUGAGAGAGGGGUAUUAUUCAUCUCGUCAAUUUUUCAUUGUUCUUCCCGCUAUACUGUAUUCGGCUCAAGCCGCAGGACAAUUGUUCAGUCUGGCACCAGAUAUUGGGAGAGCAAAAGGCGCCGCAUCUCGAGUCUUCAAAUUGCACGAUGAGAAGCCAACUAUUGACCUUACUAACGAUUCAACCCCUGCGACUAUUUCUCCGGAUAGGUCCUCGAAUGAGACUUCUCCAAUUCCUUGUGGUACAAUCGAGUUCAGAAAUGUUGGUCUCGCCUACAAAUCUCGCGCCGAUACACCCAUAUUCACCAGCCUGAAUUUUACCGUGCAAGCUGGCGAGACAGUUGCUUUAGUAGGAAAAUCAGGGGCUGGAAAAACAUCAACCAUCUCAUUGAUAGAGCGAUUCUACGAUCCAACUUCCGGUGCAAUUCUUCUUGAUGGCAUAGAUAUCCGGGAAGUUCCUGUGUCUCAACAUCGAGCUCGACUCAGUCUUGUAUCUCAAGAUCCUGAUUUGUUUUCGGGUAGUGUAGCGUUCAAUGUUGGGUUAGGGGCUCGGCCAGGUCAUUCUGCGACAAUGGAAGAAAUCACAGCUGCUUGUAAUGCUGUCGGUAUUCAUGAUUUUAUCAACGGAUUACCCGAUGGUUAUGAGACACAAUGUGGUAUUAAUGGUUCUCAACUGUCUGGGGGACAGAAGCAACGAGUUGCAAUAGCCCGAGCAUACAUUCGCGACCCAGAGAUUUUGUUGCUUGAUGAAGCCACUUCAGCUCUUGACUCGCAUUCUGAAGCUCAGAUACAAGAAGCAAUCAAAACUGUCUCUCGUAAACGAACUACGAUCAUGAUCGCACAUCGUCUCACCAGUGUACAAAAUGCUGAUCGCAUCUUAGUUUUCGAUUGUGGCAAAAUAGUAGAAGAAGGGAAGCACGAGCAAUUGAUGAAUGGUGGCGGUAUUUACGAAGAAAUGAUCAGAGCGCAGGAUUUGGGUUAAUGUGAGUUUUAUUGUUCAUUUUACUUCUGUAGCAUAGCGUUGGAUUCCGCUUUCCAUAUCCAAAUGUACAAUACUAUGAUUCCA